AUGAAAACAACUGAAGAAAUCAAUAAGAAAAGGAUGGUGAAAGAUUGGUUUUUAUAUAUUCAGUUAAAAAACCGCUUUAAAGAUGACAGUAAAGCUCCUGGGUUGACUAUAGAGAAUAAUGAAAUUGACAAAAUCCUGGUGGACAAACAAGGGAAACAUAUAUCUAAAUACUAUAAAUUAUUAAAGGAAAGAGAUCUAGAAAAUGAAACCAUCAAACACAGUAUGUGCAAUAUCCUUGACUCCAGAGAAGAUAUUCUCAUUGGGAACAUUGUGACGUAUGCAUUCAAUGAAAUGUCAAUAAAGAACUUUCGGGAAGCAGAUAGAUCCCGCUACACAGAAUGGGUGUUACCUAAGAACUACCAGCUUGUUCUUGCCGUUGUUUUUGCCAUUCACGAGAUCAAUGGGAACGAUAAGUUGUUACCCAACAUCACACUGGGAUCCAAAAUUAAUAACAAUGGAUUUAGUUCUUGGAGAGCCAUUGAGUCGACGCUAAACUUUUUGUUCAUGGGACAAAUGAAUUUCCUCAAUUACAAGUGUGUCUGGGACAAGAGACUCAAGGCCUUCAUCACUGGGUUCAGCUCCCAGAAUUCUCUCCAGAUGGCCAACAUCUUAAAUAGCUACAAAAUUCCACAGAUCAGCAGUGGAUCUUUUGAUCCUGCUCUAAGUGAUAAAAUCCAGUUUCCCUCUUUCUUCCGGAUGGUUCCAGAUGAGAUCUCUCAAUAUUCUGGCAUUAUUCAGCUCCUUGAAUAUUUUGGGUGGAAUUGGAUAGGCCUCCUCAUUCCAGAAGAUGCAAGCGGUGAAAGAUUUCUUCGAACCUUCAGUGCCAGCAUCCAGGGGAAAGAUAUUUGUAUUUCUUUUACCCAAUCCAUACCUACAGUGACCGAUUACAUACCAAGUGUUGAAAACAAACUGAAUACAGUUUUCCAUGUUCUCUGGUCAUACAAAAUUAAUGUGAUCCUAGUCAGUGGGAAUGCUCACUCUAUGGAGGGUUUACGGUCAAUUCUUGAAGGUUUGGAAUAUGAUCACAAGUUGUCCAUGGAGAGGGUUUGGAUCACAACUGCUCAGUGGGAUGUCACAACUGUUUUCGGUGAUGGAAGGUUUGCAGUAAAAUCCUUCAAUGGCACCUUGGCCUUUGCUUUACACUCCAAUGAGGUGCCUGGAUUCCAGGAGUUUCUGCAGAACAUAAAUCCAUUUCGGUCAGAGAUUCAUCAAACACAUCUGUUCUGGUGUAGUGCAUUUACUUGUUCAUUUCCGCUAUAUAACCUCAAUUUCCCAAAUGCAAGCAAUUGCACUGGUGAAGAGAAACUCAGCACCCUCUCUGGACCUGUGUUUGAAAUGAGGAUGUCUGGUCAGAGCUACAAUGUCUACAAUGCUGUCUAUGCUGUAGCUCAUGCUCUUCAUGCCGCAUAUUCAUUUCAGGCCAAGCAGAAAACACGAGUGACUGGGAAGAAGUGGAACGUUCUGAAUGUUCAGCCCUGGCAGCUUUGCACACUUUUGAGAUACAUCCGUUUUAAUAACAGUGCUGGGGAAGAAAUAUUUUUUGAUGAGAAUGGAGACCUGGCAUCUGCUUUUGAUAUUAUCAACUUGGUCACAUUCCCUAAUCAAUCUUUCCAGAAAGUCCAAGUUGGAAGAAUGGACCCACAGGCUCCCAUAGACGCAAAUGAAUGUGAAAGAUGUCCAGAAGAUCAAUAUCCAAAUAAAGGGAGAAAUCAAUGCAUCCCAAAAGUGGUUACCUACUUGUCCUACACAGAACCCCUAGGAGCAACCUUGGCUUCCUCUGCUCUUUUCUUUUGCGCAGUCAUCUUUGUGAUAAUGGGGAUUUUCAUUUAUCACAGGAUCACUCCCAUAGUUAAAGCCAACAACUGGUGUGUCACCUGUGUUCUGCUCACUUCACUGUUGCUCUGUUUUCUGUGUUCCUUUCUUUUCCUUGGUAAACCUACAAACAUCUCCUGCAUACUUCGGCAAACAGUAUUCAGUAACAUUUUCACUAUUGCAAUUUCUUGUAUGUUGGCCAAAACCAUCAUUGUUGUGCUGGCCUUUGUGGCUACAAAGCCAGGGAACAAAAUGAGGAAAUAUGUAGGGAUGAAGCUGGCAAUAUUGGUCAUUCUUUUCUGCUCUCUCAUUCAAAUAGGCAUUAGUGUAGUGUGGCUGACAACCUCUCCACCAUUUCCAGAGGCUGACAGUCACUCUCAGCCAGCAGAGAUUAUAUUGCAAUGCAAUGAGGGCUCAGACCUCAUGUUCUACCUUGUCCUGGGCUUCAUGGGAUUUCUGUCCUUCACCAGUUUCACUAUUGCAUUCUUUGCCAGACAGUUGCCAGACAGUUUCAAUGAAGCCAAGCUGAUCACCUUCAGCAUGUUAGUGUUCUGCAGCGUUUGGAUUUCCUUUGUCCCAAGUUACCUGAGCACUAAAGGGAAAUAUAUGGUGGCUGUGGAAGUCUUCUCUAUCUUGGUCUCAACUUUUGGCUUACUGUCUUGCAUGUUCUUCCCUAAAUGCUACAUUAUAUUGAUCCUGUCCGAUACCUUUUUCAUUAAUAAGGUUUUCCAGACACUUCACCAUGAGUUUUUCUUGGGCAAUCAGCCUGUUUUCCGGUUCUGUGCUAUCUCCAACUGA